AAGGACAUUCAAAUAUUAGUAGUUUUCAUGUUUGUCGCAGUGAAAGCAGCCAUCAUCAGAUGCAACUCUCAAGUGAAAGCUGCCACAGAAAAGUACCAGAAGAUCACUGAAGAACUUGAAGCGAAGAGUCAGACGUUGUCCGCCAAGAAGCUGCUGUGGCACUUGUUGAAGAAAUGUGACCAGCAGAUUUCCAAGCAAUGCGAGGAGCUCCUCAGUGAGAAGGCUCGCCUCCAAGAACGCCUGGCCAGGAUGAAGACGGCCUUUAAAGACGAGGAGCAAGAAUUCUUGCGGGAGAUCUCCACCUUCAACAGUGAAUUUAGUCUCUGCGGGAGCACCGAGGCGACCCGUCAACCGCACGCCGAGGUCCUCGGCCUGGACGUGGAGGAGGUGGACGCUUUGCACAAAGACUCCGCAAUGGAGGAGAUGAUCCGGAGGAACCGUCACAUGGCCGACUUGCAAAGGCAGAAGAGGAGCGUCCAGCUGGAACUGCAGGCUCUCAAAAGCAUCCACGCGGACUUGGAGCGGCAUCUGAGCGAGGCCAAAGAAAUGACGGCCACUCUGCAGGCCCGCAACCGAGCCGCCGCUCAGAAAGCAUUCACGGAUGACGCCGUCGUCACCCAGGAUGAGGAAGGAGUUGGAGAUGCACCAAGAAGGAGAUAUGGAGCUCCUGCUGGAGACCCUAAGGAUGGAAGUCCAACACCUCCAGAGCAAGGUGGACAACGGCAAGGGUAGGCAGCAGCCUUAGAAGCGGCACGUUCUCGUUCUUGUGCGUGGAAGGAAGAUAAUUAAGAGACAGGCUGACGUGUUCUGGGAAAACUAUUGAGUGGCAAACCCGUCCCCCAUGUUUUGUGUUGCU